CUCUUAAAACUUGCGCCAUUAUCACCGCCGCUUAUUGAAGGUGGCCUGCUGCUGCUAAUCUAGUCGAGUCGAGUGUUGGCGGUGAAAUUAAUGGGGAAGUCUACUAAGAAGGUCGCAGCAAAGAAACAGCAGCAAAAGCGCGGUGUUGAUUUCAAGAAAAUUAAGCGGAAGCUCGGAAGAAAACUGCCGCCGCCUACGAAUGCUACCAACACUGAAAUUAAAUCCAAAGCCAUUGUUCUUCCUGAGCAGAGUGUAGCCUCAGAUAAAACUGGUUUAGCUGUUAAUAAGAAAGGUUUGACAUUGAAAGAGCUUCUUCAACAAACUUCCCAUCAUAAUGCAAAAGUUCGCAAAGUUGCGUUGAUUGGUAUGAUGGAUUUACUCCUAAAGUAUCCAGAUGAGCUGAAAGCGCACAAAUAUACGAUUAUAGAAAAACUACGGGAGCGCAUAAGUGAUGAUAAUAAAUUGGUUCGAGAUAACCUUUAUGACCUUCUUAAGUCGGUGGUUUUACCUGGCUGUAAAGAGGAUAAUCAAGUGCCUUUGAUUUCUUUAAUGAUGGCCUACAUAUUUAAUGCAAUGAUUCAUUUAGCAGUUGAAGUACGGCUUACAGCUUUCAAGUUCUUUGAUCUUGUUGUACAACAUCAUCCUCCUGCAUUUUCCGUAUAUGCUGAAAAGGUUCUCCAAAAUUAUGGGGAUAUUCUGCGGAAGAACCAAUUUUAUUUGGAAGACAAGGGCAAGCUCAAGGACGUGCUUGCUGGUUUAGUGCGAUGCUUGUCUCUGUUGCCAUCAAAUAUAACAGAAUCUGUUUCAAUUGAGAAGAAAGUCAUUGACCAAAAAAUGUUGCAUGCUUUUGAGCCUGACAUGCCUACAGAAUCUGCUGAGUUUCCUGUCAUCUUCAGUAAAAUAAAGGAUUUGCUUCCAAUUCUAGUCAGUUGCUUCCAAGAUUUUAUUCCAUUAAUACAUAGUAUGCCAUCGUUGGAUGCACAAUCAUUUGAUUGCAUGCUAAGCAUACUUCGGAGCAUUGAUCUUGUUGUCAGGUUUUUGGUUUAUGGAACUGACAAGGGUAAUUCAGAAACACAUCAUUCUUUGUGGGAUCCAAAUACCUUGUCUGUUUCACUAAAGAAAUUGUUUGCCAUGUUUCCGCUCAAUCCAGUGCAUCACCUUUCAGAAAAGGAUGAUGACAGAUAUUUUUCCCUGAACAUAAUGAUCGCUGAAACAUUUCUACAAUUAAGUGAACGCAUCUACCCUCCUGCUGUGUUACUAGAGAAAUUUCUUGCAUUUAUAGAGCAUGCACUGCUUGGAAAGGUCUGGAGUGACACAAGGUCUGGCAGAGCAGCAAGAGAAAAGCAGAUAAUAACACUGAUUCCAUUUAUCCCAAAACUUGUAGCACAAGUGACCCAUAAUUGGAAGUCUCGUCUUCUACAGGCAUUUAAGAAGAUAUUCCUUGAUUCCUGUCCAGAGUCUCCAGCAAAGAUGGUUUGCCUUGCUGCCAUCGAAGAAAUGCUUUUUUCUGGAGAGGGCAUACUUAAUUCAGAUGUAAAUGCUUCAGAAAUUACGGACCAUCAAGUUGCUUGGAUCAGAGAGCUGCCUCUGUUGCUAAUCCUCUUAGGUGACAGUCAUGAUUCCUCUUCCCAGACUGUGCUGCAUCUUCUGCUUCGCCUGGGUCAAUGUUCUAUUAGCAACUCCUUCCUGGCACUGGAAUAUGACAACAUCCAGUACUCACUGCAAAGUUUUUACUGCACGUAUGAGAAAGGGAAUUGGAGCUAUGGUCCUUUCAUCAAACUCUCGAGGGAAUCUCAAGAACUCGCUCUUUGUUGUCUUUACUAUUUCUCUCACCUGGAUCCACUUCUGCUGAAAUCUAUAGCUUCUUGUUGUUUUUCUCCUGAGUUGGAUACUUUGAUAUUGUUUCGGAUGAUAGAGGUUUUUCAUUCAGCCUAUAAGGCAGGCCAUGUUCAGAUAGCUGAUCACAUUAGCUUCUUGGUCACUGUGGUCUCCUGUUUCAGAGUUGUCCCAGAAAAUUUAUCUCCUUUAACAGAAGAUGUGAAGACCUCGAAUCGUGGAACUCUCAAGUCAUUGGGCAGGGUUGUUUGCUCUUGUCUGUCAGAGAUGGGUGAUAAUUCUCUAGUUCUCCUGAUACUGGAGAGAAUAAUAAUUCAGCAGAUUUUAUCGAAGCCACCUCUAGACAAUGCCAAUGCUAUGAUCAGAAUGCUUGUUGCACUGGACUCCAAACCCACAAGACUCUCUGAACAGAAUAUUGUUGCUUUGAGCAAUUUCCUUCCAAGAUAUCUAAUUGAUGUUGUCCAUAAUCUUCCAGGAGAUGAUGGUGAGCGAAUGAGGCGCUAUUUUCUUCUUCCUUGCUUUUUCUUGUUGGAUAGAAGCCACAAACUUCUAACUCUUGUGUUGAAUGUGAUGAGCUCGUUGAUUAUCGAUGGUAAUUCACUGUCAUCUGGUGAUCGUUCACAUUACACCACCAGCCAUUCAGUCAGGAUAAAGGCUAUUGUUUCCGUCCUACUGCUGAUGCAUAGGGAUACAAAGAUUAAGCAACUUAUUUCUUCAUUGAAGUCUGAAGUUGACCUUAUUUCACAAAACAUAUGCUCUUUACAGACGUCGGAGGCACAUAAUCUGAGUGUUGGAGAAAGGCUGAAAAUACAAAGUGCAUUAGAUCAACUAAGGACUAUGGUUAGUUCUUUACCUCAGGAGAUGCAAAUAGCGUAGCUUCGGGCUGUACUACAAGUUUGCAAUGGCGUGCAUGCUGACAAUUUUGUUUAAGAGUCUGCAUGCUCGUUUACAAUUUUGGAAUACGUAGUUGAUAGUUUUGUUUUGGAAAUUUUAUUUUAUUUCUUUUUGUAUAUAUGGAAGAGUUUUAAUGUUGUAAAAGUGACUCUAUUUCCUGCA